GUCUGGAGCACGUGAUCUUGUUCCGGCUCGCCAAAGAUGGCGGCCCCCAGAGCGGGAGCGUGGAAGUUGGUGAAAGACGCUGCCCACCCGCGCUGGAAUUGAAACUGUGGGGACUGUGCGCCAUGUCGCGACUGAUCGUGAAAAACCUCCCGAAUGGGAUGAAGGAGGAGCGUUUCAGGCAGCUCUUUGCCUCCUUUGGCACCCUGACGGACUGCAGCCUGAAGUUCACCAAAGAUGGCAAGUUCCGUAAGUUUGGCUUCAUUGGCUUCAAGUCGGAGGAAGAGGCCCGGGUGGCCCUGAACCAUUUCAACAAGAGUUUUAUCGACACAUCCCGGAUCACGGUGGAGUUCUGCAAGUCGUUUGGGGACCCAACAAAGCCCCGAGCCUGGAGCAGACACGCUCAGCAAAUAAACCAGGCUAAGAAUCCUUCAAAAGACAAAGACUCCGUCCCCACAGAACCCAAGAAAGAUGACAAGACGAAAAAGGUAUCAAGUGAACUGGAGAAGCUGAAGGAGGACACCGAGUUCCAGGAGUUCCUGUCCGUGCACCAGAAGCGGACGCAGACAGCCACAUGGGCCAAUGACGCCCUGGACGCCGAGCCCUCGAAAGGGAAGAGCAGGGCCGCCAGUGACUACCUGAACUUCGACUCCGACUCCGGGCAGGAGAGCGACGAGGAGGGUGCUGGUGAGGACCCAGAAGAGGAGGAGGGCCUCGAACCCAGGGCAGCCGUGCAGAGGGAGCUGUCGGACAUGGAUUACCUGAAAUCCAAGAUGGUGAAGUCCGAGGCGCCAUUGUCCUCGGAAGAGGAGGAGAGUGAAGAUGAAGCUGUGAGCUGUGGGGACGGGAGUGGGGCCGAGGAGGAGGCCCCCGGCCCUGCGCCCGCCCAUCAGGACAGAGGGAGGCCGGGGGCCGGCCCGGAGCAGGGCGCCCCGUCCGGGAACGAGACACCGGGGGCGGCCAAAGCUGAGGCAGACAAACCGGCAAACCAGAAGGAACCCACCACCCCCUACACUGUGAAGCUGCGGGGAGCCCCAUUCAGUGUCACGGAGAAGAACGUUAUGGAAUUCCUGGCGCCCCUGAGACCAGUGGCCAUUCGGAUAGUGAGAAAUGCUCACGGGAACAAAACAGGGUACAUCUUUGUGGACUUCAGCAGCGAAGAGGAAGUCAAGCAAGCUCUGAAAUGCAACAGGGAAUACAUGGGCGGGCGCUACAUUGAGGUAUUCAGGGAAAAAAACAUCCCUGCGGCCAAGGGGCCCCUGAAGAGCAGUGCCAAGUCCUGGCAAGGCCGGACCCUCGGGGAGAACGAGGAGGAGGAGGAUGUGGCCGACUCCGGGAGGCUCUUCAUACGAAACCUGCCCUACACCAGCACCGAGGAGGACCUGGAGCAGCUCUUCUCCAAGUUCGGUCCUCUGUCUGAGCUUCAUUACCCCAUCGACAGCCUGACCAAGAAACCCAAGGGCUUUGCCUUUGUCACCUUCAUGUUCCCUGAGCACGCCGUGAGGGCCUACGCGGAAGUGGACGGGCAGGUGUUCCAGGGCAGAAUGCUCCACGUGUUACCAUCCACCAUCAAGAAGGAAGCCAGCGAGGAUGCGGACACCCCAGGAUCAUCGUCUUAUAAGAAGAAGAAAGAGUCUAAAGACAAAGCCAACAGCUCCAGCUCUCACAACUGGAACACGCUGUUCAUGGGCCCAAAUGCCGUGGCGGACGCCAUUGCACAGAAGUACAGCGCCACCAAGAGUCAAGUGUUUGACCACGAGACCAAGGGCAGCGUGGCCGUGCGCGUGGCCCUGGGGGAGACCCAGCUUGUCCAGGAAGUGCGGCGCUUCCUCCUCGACAAUGGGGUCAGUCUGGACUCCUUCAGCCAGGCGGCGGCCGAGCGUAGCAAGACCGUGAUCCUGGUUAAGAACCUCCCGGCGGGCACCGUGGCAACCGAGCUGCAAGAGACCUUCGGCCGCUUCGGCAGCCUGGGCCGCGUGCUGUUGCCCGAGGGCGGCGUCACCGCCAUUGUGGAGUUCGUGGAGGCCCUGGAGGCCCGGAAGGCCUUCAGACAUCUGGCCUACUCCAAGUUUCACCACGCCCCCCUGUACCUGGAGUGGGCUCCAGUGGGCAUCUUCUCCAGCUCAGCCCCGCAGACGAAGGAACCCCAAGAUCCCCCAGCAGGACCUGCAGAAGAGGACAGGGCGGAACCAGAAACCUUGCCAGACAACGAGACCCCAGGAGGUGAAAAGCCAGCAGAGGGAGGAGCUGCGGACUGUCCAGAGAAGGUGGAAGAGGAGGAGGAGGAGGAGGAGGAGAGCCUCCCCGGAUGUACUCUGUUUAUUAAAAACCUCAACUUCAGCACGACGGAGGAGACCCUGAAGGGAGUGUUUUCCAAAGUGGGGACGGUGAAGAGCUGCUCUAUUUCCAAGAAGAAGAACAAAGCAGGAGCGAUGCUCUCCAUGGGAUUUGGAUUCGUGGAAUACAGGAAGCCAGAGCAAGCCAAGAAGGCUCUCAAGCAGCUCCAGGGUCACGUCGUGGACAGCCACAAGCUGGAAGUGAGGAUCUCCGAACGAGCCACCAAGCCAGCUCUGACAUCCGCUCGGAAGAAACAAGUUCCCAGAAAGCAGACAACGUCAAAGAUUCUGGUGCGCAACAUCCCGUUCCAGGCUGACAGCCGGGAGAUCCGUGAGCUCUUCAGCACCUUCGGGGAGCUGAAGACUGUCCGCUUGCCGAAGAAGAUGACCGGGACGGGCACACACAGAGGGUUCGGCUUCGUGGACUUCCUCACGAAGCAGGACGCAAAGAAAGCCUUCCACGCGCUGUGUCACAGCACCCACCUGUACGGCCGGAGACUGGUCCUGGAGUGGGCUGACUCGGAGGUGAGCCUGCAGGCCCUGCGGCGGAAGACGGCCGAGCACUUCCACGAGCCCCCGAAGAAAAAGCGGCCUGUGGUGUUGGACGAGAUCCUGCAGCAUCUGGAAGACAUUGAAAACGACAGUGAGGAGCAAGCCCUUCAGCUGCGAGCUGGCACCGAGAGGGGCUGCUAGCUGGAGUUCCCACCUACGGCCAUCUGCGGGAGUGCUCACAGCUGGGGACCUGGCCUCUGUCCUUCCCCAGGGGGCUUUGAGCCCUGGUUUGACCACCAGGGGCUGACCCCAGGGCUGGGGAAGCCGCCGAGCCGCUCACGAAGCCCAGAUGCCAGCCGGUUGAGCCUAAGAUGCGUCUCUGAUGGCGGGUAUCCCCUACUCACGGGUGGAGGACUCUGAGAAAUGCAUCCCAGCCCCAUCGAAAGGCUUAUCCCACGCUUGGGGCGCCCGAGUGCACACACCUACUCCAGCCUGCAAAUACAGCCUCCCCCAGGGGGAGGGCCAGGAGGCAGGCUGGUGGGGAGGAAGGAGCCGCGCGAUCCUCUGACCUGGGUCUGCAUCCCAGCCUCACCGUUCCCAGCUGUGCAGCCUCAGACCAGUGAGGUCCGCUCUGACCCUCAGCUCCUCUUCCUGUCCAGUGGGGGUGGUAUUGUGCCUUCCUGAUGAGUGUCUACCUCAGUCAAUCCAAGUACAGCCCAGAGGAAAUGCCCAUCAGCACUUCUGUUUACUUCUUAAUUUGGCACCUCUGGCUGGGGCUCCAGGUGAGAGUCCGGGAACCUUCUGACUUUGCAUAGAACUUGGUCUGUGCGUUUUGGAGGAAGGAGGUUCCAGUCUUCCUCCAGUUUGCAGAGUGGCCUGGAACCCAAGCAAAGUUCCACGGCGCCGGUAGCUGUGUGAGGCUCAGCACACUCCCCACUUCCCAUGGGGCAAGCGCUUCCUGGUGAGUCCUGCCUCCUCCCUGGGAAGGAGCAGAGGCAAAAGGCCAAACCCAGAGUGGCUCGCUCCCCGGCUUCUGCAGGCUGUGCCCACAGACAUCAGGUGUGAGCACCGCGUGUAGGUGGGGGCUAUACGGCGGGGUCAGUGUCAAACCUCACCCCGGCCAGCCCCUCAGGUGACCAGGUCCCCCAGUUGCCGUGGGUCUUGGGGGUGACUGGGGCCCCCCACCCCAUUCUUCCCCACCACUCGUCCUCUUCAGGGGCCCGUGGGUCUUUCUGGUUGAACACGCAGUCCGUAUCCACAUUGCCACACCCGCCAGAGCCAGGCCGAUGGUGGGGGUAUAGUCACCCCACUGGAGGUCAUCAGACUCGUGAGCCUGGCACACAAGGGGGCCUCAUUGGCACCCACUUACCUGACUCGGACGAUAGUACUAGAACGUUCCCAGGGCAGGAUCCGCCAACUCCUGCAGCCUGGUAUUGGGUGCCAAGCACAAGCUCUCCAGCCUGGGAGACCGGGUCCCCUUCCCUCCUUCCUGCCCCACCUGGCCUCUCUGCCCCCCACCCUGGGGGCUCACUGUCUGGAGAUCUUAGGGUGCCCCAUCACCCCCCCUUCAUUCCACCAAGGACGUCCAUGGGGUAUGCCACCCUCAUCUCUCUUCCCCUAACCAAGGAGCACUGCAUUCUCCACAAGCAGCCAGAGGGAUCCAGCUGGAUCUGUGCACCAGAUUAUGGAAGUCAUAGCUUAAAACCCUUCAGGGUCCCCCACACACUUGGAAUUAAGUCACGCUCCUCACCCAGUAAGAAGGCCCUACCACUCGUCCCUCCCUGACUUUGUGCUGGCCUUUCCAGUGCACUCCCACCCCAGGGCCUUUGCACUUGCUCUUCCCUCUGCCUGGGACCCCCUUCCCCCACAUCUUUCCUGACUCUUUUUUUUUUAAUCUCCCCUUUGAGAUCUUAGUUUAAAUUCUUGUUCCUCACCCAGAGACAGUCCCUUACCACUUUAUCAGAAGUAGCUACAUUCUGCUCCUCUCCCAUGCCCAGACCUGCGCCCACACCCCUGUCUCAGACGUCCCUACCCCUGUUCCUUUCAGUCACAGCAUUUAGUGCAGGGAGUGGCCCAAGCCCUGUCCCUUCCCCUUUGAAAAUGACUGCCACCUUGAAUGACCAGGAGGUACUCACACAAUCGUAAUUCUAUAUAGGAACCGCCACUGUUGUGAUGAUUCUGGAAGGAGGUAAAGCACGGCUAGGUUAAUGGUCAGGUGAAGCUAGGUAAAGUACACCGGCGCAGAGGAGGGAUUCCGCCUCUCCUCCCCGGAGGAAGGGGAGCUGCCUGGAAGCUGCAGAAGGGAGCUUGCGGGGAGGAGUUAGAAGUGACAAUAGGGGGCACCUGGGGGGCUCAGUCCUUAAGCAUCUGCGUUCGUUCGGCUCAGGUCAUGAUCUCAGAGUCCUGGAAUCGAGCCCCACAUCGGGCUCCCUGCUCAGCAGGGAAUCUGCCUCUCCCUCUGACCCUCCCCCCGCCACUGUGCUCACUUGUGCGCACAUGCUCUCUCUCUCUCUCUCUCUCUAGCAAAAAAUAAAGUCUUUAAAAAAGGAAGUGACACUAGAACUUAAGUCGAUCCAGGAAAGAACUGUGAGGAAUAAACCAUGGGGUUAGGUGAGCAUCCUCAUGCACGUGUAGACUCAGCCAUUUCUCACAGGGAUCUGUGGGCCCCGGCUGGUCAGGGGGAGCUAGGAAGAGGUGCUGGCGGCUGGACAUGGCCGGGGUGGGACGGCAGGGCCAGAGGGGGCACCUGAGCUGACAAGGCUGUGGGGCUGGCCGUUUGCAGAGGCCGGAGCUGGAACCCCGCCCCGCCGUGUGCCCUACGGCCAUACACACACACACACACACACACACACGAACGCCGGCUCUGAUUCUCGGGGCACUAUCGGGCAUCUGGGGGCUGGUGGAGGAGAGAAGCCAGGGCAUUCCUCCCCCUCCCUGGGUCCCGUGCCGGGUCCCCACCAAGGGUCCAGCCCUGGACUCUGGUAACACCGCUGCCUCCCCGAGAGCCUCCAGUUGGGGGGGCGUCGUCACCCCCUGGCCUCCGGCUCUGCCUGAAAUCCCCUCUCUGGAACUGCCUGACAGGCACAGUGAGGAGAGGGGGAGCUGCGGGGGCCUGCCUGCAGGGAGGCAGGGAGGAGGCCCGGACGGAAGCAAGGUGGGAGGCCAGGAGUUUGGUUGGUCUGUGCACACGGGGCUCUAGAAGGCUGAGCAGACGGAGACCCCGGGGAACUGCAGAAGCUUGGCGGUCUAUGGGGGCAGCCAUGGGCGUGAGUCCCGAGGAACCCUGAAGGGUAGGAAGGACAUGGGGCCGGCCUCAGGGAAGGAGGAGAGGCCACCGAGGCCCCUGGGCCUGGCUGGGGGAAAGUCCUGUACAGACAGCCCAGGGUGAGGAGGGUCCUGGCUCCUGCCUGCAGGUGGAGGACGGGGGAUUAGUCAGGGGGUCUCACAGAGCUCAGUGAGAGUGGGGUGUACUGCAGCUGGAGGGGUGGGCAGAACCCACGGGCCCUGGUUCCAGGAAGACCUGGGGGGGGUGGGAAUCUCGGCCGCACCACCCACCACUGCUUGUGCAACCUGCACCCAGGGUCUCAGCGUCUCCUGCCUCAAUUUCCAUAUUUUUAAAAUGGGUAUGAGAAGAAUUUUAGUCUGGUAGGAUUUUUUUGAAAAUUAAAUGAAAAAUCAUGGGUGGGAAGCAUUUAGCAGACUAUGGCAAGCCUAGGCGAUACUAAAUCGUGGCUGUCAUGAUCGUUGCCAUCAUUUAACGAAGAGGAAAGCGUGGGGCAUUACACCCGCGGAUGCCCCAGGAAGUCAGAGCCCGGCAUGCUCACAGCAGGCCUGCUGGGCCCACCUCAGAGAAAUGGGGCAGGAUGGGGAGUCCCCGCAUCCAGGAAGGUGGCCUGGAGAGGGUGCCCUCUGCCCACAAGCCCCAAAGCAGGCUGAGCGGGGACAUCGUUCAGCUGGUCAUUCCGUGCACAAAGCCAGACCGAAGAUGAGCUGACAGUUGCCAGGGAGCGUUUGGGAAACAAGUGAGACCUUCCCCAGGCCCUGGUAUGGCUGGGUCUCUUCCCAACACUGCAGUCCAGGGGGGUCACCCACAGGCAGGGGUGCCCCUGUCAUGGUAGAAUCGUCUGUUCUGAGAGCCGAGCUCCAGCCCCUGGGUCAGCACUUAUAGACCAGGCCCCAGACUUCGUUGUGUGAGGAAGGGCUCUUGCCGGCGCCCAGGCGGCCGGGGGCCCUGGCCACAGGCAGCAACCACCAUCAGCACAUGGAGCAGGAAGAGGCGUCCGCAAGGCCAGCCACUCAUCCUCAGCCCAUGUAUUCAUUCAUCAAACACUAGCAGGGCGCCGGGGGAUUCGAGGCCCGAAACUAGAUCCACAUGUGGGUCCAUGUCCUGGGCUUGAAGACCCACAUGGCCGGCCAAGACAAUUUCUAGUGGCCCUCGCCCGCCUGUUUUCCAUCCUUCUCUUUUGCUGCCUCCUCGGCUUGCUUUUUUCGUCUUUUGUGGCCGGGCCGGCUCGCAGCCCCUGUCUGUGCUCUGCAGCAUCUAGGAAAGGAUUAGUGCAAGCCGAGCAUGCAAGCUUUGGUGAACAGAGCCGAGUUUGGUUUCAACAUCUAAUUCAAUUUGUUCUGCCGAGAUUGAAAUAUGAAAUGGUUGCCAGUCAAACGUUCAAAGGAUGGGGAAGGGAGAGUGAACGCCUGCUGAAAUUUAAAUUUUAAUGAAAAUGACUUUAACCCUUUGGUGCAUGCACCUUGCAGAAAUAGAGCACAUUCUCCCCUCCUGCGGAAGGUCCCCCCUCCCCGCUUCUCUUUUGCAGAGCUUCCCUAAGACUAUGUAGCGCUUUUUUUUUUUUUCCGGAAAUAUUGUUAAUAAAAGAUUAAUGGAAUACUUGCUUCAUAAGACACUCCCAGGAGUGUCACAGCCAGGUCCUAGACGUGUGGAAGGUGGAGCCCAUGGGACGGACGGAGUUCCAGCUCUGAGGUUUGCAAAGCCAGGGUUGACCCCAUGGUUUGGGGCUUGUGCAAUGGGAAGAAAGAAGUGAGCCUGUGCUGGAGCUGGCCUGGGGGACGCCAGGAGUUGGGGUGUAAAUGUGCAUUGUGUUGGAGAUGACCAUAAGCCGUCAGGUGGAGAUGAAGAGCUUCAAGUUCACCAGAGAGGGCUGGGCCAAAGGCAUAAUGGGAAAUCAUCUGCUUUUCUGUAAGAAAUCUAAGAAGCAGGGCGCCUGGGUGGCUCAGUCGAUGAAGCAUCUGCCUUCGUCUCAGGUCAUGAUCCUGGGGUCCUGGGAUCGAGCCCCACAUCGGGCUCCCUGCUCAGCGGGGAGUCUGCUUCUCCCUCUCCCUCUGCCCAUUCCCCCUGCUUGUGCUUGAGCUCCCUCUCUGUCUCUGUCAAAUAAAUAAAUAGAAUCUUCAAAAAAAAAAAAAAAAAGAAAUCUAAGAAGCAAUGUGGGGGACUCAGAGCGCCACGUAGGCAGAGCCAGUAAAUCGUAGCUCAAAGCUCAGAACUUUCAAGUUCAUUUUUAAGCCACCCCUAGAUAGUUCCAAACUCUCUUGGCCACAGGACCCCCUUUUCCAAACAAAAGCUUUAUGCAGAACCCCAACAUAGAGAACAACAGAACUGCUCUGUUCAAAAUCAGGGUGUGAGGCCUGGCCCCCCCACAUAUUCAUCCUCCACCUCAACACCCCAAGGUUUGAAGACCCAAGGUAACAUGUAAACUGCUCACAAAGCAUGGUGUGCAGGCUUCAGGGGUCACGAGAAGAUUUUAGCCCAGGGGCAAACUUGUAAUGUAUGAGUUUAUUUUCACAUGCAUGUUGCAAAUACGAAUGCACAGCUAGCUCAUCAAACCUACGAUGUCACCAAACUCCUACGGAGGAGGUAAAAAAAAAAAAAAACAGUGUAUGAGUGUAAAGGAAAUUAUUAGACCGUGAAUAUAGUAAAAUGGAAGGGGUGAAGAAGAGCCAUGAAUGUUCUAAACCAGGGGUUGGCAAACUGCAGCCCGGGGGCCAGAUCCAGCCACUGCCUGUCUGUGUAAAGUUUUAUUGGCACACGGCCACGCCCACUGGUUUACAUACGGUGCCUGCUGGUUUCCUGCUACGGCAGCAGACUUGAAUAAUUGCAAGAGAGACUGUACCGCCUGCCAAGCCUCUAAUACUUACCAUCUGACCCUUCACAUCAAGUUUGCAGAGUCCCAAUCUAAAGCAAGCCUCUGUGAUUUUACAGCUCAGAAAGCUCGCCCCAGACGGGGCCAGUGGUUUCUACAAGGUCACACCAUACAGAACUCCCCAUUCGGAGCAUAGCCCGAGCCAGGCUCUCUGGGCUCAAAUCCCGACUCUGCCCCUUACCCGCAGCAUGACCUUGAGCCAGCUCCUUGACCUCUCUGUGCCUCGGUGGCCUCAUCUAUGAACUGAGAGCAUCAGCAGUCCCAACUCACCAGAGUUCUAAGGAUUAAAUGAGGGCGAAACCCGUGCCCCGCCACUUGGUGAACACCGUACAAGCCAUCGCUGCUGGUAGAGCAACAUAAAGAUGUGUCCCCCAGGUCUGCGCCAUCACCCGCCACCCAGGAGACCCAGUGCUCCAGCACAAGACCCGAGCCCAGGGCCUUCUGGCUGAGCGGCCCAAUAAAAGGGGCCCUGCAAUCUAAUUAGAGCAUCGCCAGAAGCCAGGGCUGAGUCCCCUCCAGCUUCCUUAAUAAACCCCACUUCCCCUUAAUUGCAGCUUUCAUGAAAACGAUCCACUGGGGCCUCAGCGCCCCAUCCUUGGGAACUGUCAGGAGCCCUCCCCUCUCCUGGUCCCCAGAAAGAUUCCAGGCGAUCAUACCGCUGCCGCCUCAUAGGUCCACGUGUCACCCUGCAGUUGACAAAGCACUUGAAGUCGCAAGCUCAGUGGCAUGUCGGCUGAGCCCCAAGGCAGAGGCUGUCACUCUCGUUGCACAAGUGGGAAACCGAGGCUUGGGGAAGUGAAGCAGUGCGUAGUCCGGAAGGUGCCAGACAAAGGUGGGUGUGUGCCAUAUGCCACUGCAGGGUGGACUGGACCAUCUCCUCCUUCCCCUGGGCCCCGUGGGAGAAGGACGGAAGCUGCUGAGUGCCGACAGACAGCCCUGCUUCCGUCCGUGGUUCGCACAGGACCUGGGGCUGUGGCUUGGGUCCAGAGCCCUCAACCCUCUCCAGUUUCGGGAGGCAAGAGAGGGAGGGUGGGGCCAGCCAGCAGCCUCUGGCACCGAUGUCUGGGCUCUUCCUGGGGCAUUUUCCACCUGAUUUCCACCCUCUGAGCUGACUUGAGUUCUUGACCCCACAGGAGCACCCUUCAAAGGUCCAGAAUGUGCCUCCCUGGAUUCUUAACCCAAGAAAAGUUUAAAGCCUACUAUCUUAGACCUGGUGAAAAACCCCGGAGACCCGUGGGUCUGGCUUCCACGUGAAGACAUGUUCAGUGCUGCCCCAAUGGCCACAAUCCUUGGCUGAUGGCGCUCACCAGGGCCGGGGAGAGACGGCUGCCUUUUUCGGAGCAGAGGAGAGCCUGCACCUUCCACUCUGCAUCCCUGGACAACCUCCAGCCUCCUCGGACCCCAGGAGGAAGCCGGCCUCUCUCUGUGGAGCAUCUCAGCGACCUGCCCAUGCCGUGGAAUGAAUCUGGAACGUCAGCCCCAGGCAACCAGCGCUUAGGACCUGACCCACCCCGGGAACAAAACUAUCUUCAAACCACGAGUGACAAGUGGCCCAUGGGCGAGAAAUCUGGCUCCUGUGCCUGCACGUCUUUCUUGUUUUCCUUUUCUUUCUUCACCUUUUAUAUGUAUAUUGGGUUCUUAUUUCCAAACGCAAAAACAAGAUGCCGUUUAAACUGCGUCCCCAGAACAGCCCCCUGUGUGGGCAUUUUCCCCGUUGACAACUCGGAGGGCGAGAUCUGUGGCCGCAGCCGUGUUCUGGCUGUUGACCUUGCAGAGAUAAGCCCCGUCCCGCCACCUCCGCCCGCCCUCUCCAGCCCUCCUGCCUUCCCCCUAUUCAGGCAAACGAGGUUUUGCUUUUCAGCCCCAUUUCUGGUUACAUAUGUACAUGGCUGAUAAAAUAUUCCACUUCACCCCUUC